CAACUUUGAACACCCGUCAGUUUGGCGUUCUCCAGUGACAUGCAGAAUGCUUCGCUCUAACUCUGUGUGUACAGAAAAAUAAACCUUUCCGAUGAAGAAAGAAACCAGGAGAAAAACGCACCACAGUCUACAAUAAAAAAAAAGAAAACUUCUCAAGCUGGUUUGAGGGGACUGCUUCAAUUUUCAUUCUAGGCAUCGCAAUGGAUUAUAUUUAUGUUUUGUUUUACUGCACAAUAUGUGUAUUAUUUUUGGAUUAUAGACACGCUGCAAACUCUCAUGCCAAUCUCUCUGGAAAGUUAAGUGAAUACGGACUCAUCGUUCCGUUCAGCACAGACUCUAAAGGCCGGUAUAUCUCUCACGUGGUGUCGCUCGCAGAUGGAAGUAAAAGUGGCGUUUCGUCCGCUGGAAGACGGCGCGUUUCCCGCAGCGUCCCAAGUUCCUCCACGUUCACUUCUAAUAGUCAACAGUUGUUUUUCAACGUCACUGUCUUUGGUAAGGAGUUGCACUUGCGCCUCAGAGCCAACAGAAGGCUCGUUGCACCAGAUGCCUUUGUGGAAUGGCAAGAGGACUUCGAGGAAAAGGCCAAGGAGCGUAUUCAUGGCAACUGUGUUUUUACCGGAGAUGUUACUGAUAUGCCAGAAGCCUCAGUGGCUAUUAGUAACUGUGAUGGACUGGCAGGCCUUAUUCGAACGGACAAUGAGGAGUUCUUCAUUGAGCCCUUGGAGAAAGGCCAGCAGGAGGUGGAGAAAAAGGGCCGUGUCCACGUGGUCUACCGACGCUCCGCCAUCAAGAGAGAGCCAAGUCAACGCAAGGAGCACCUCCACAAUGAAGUGGCUGAUUUUGGCAUCGCGGAGCUGCCCAACGCCCUAGACGCGGUGGAGCAGAAGCUGACCGAGUCGGAGCGCAAGCGGCGGGCCGCCAAGAAAGAGGACUACAACAUCGAGGUCUUGCUGGCCGUGGACGACUCGGUGGUGCGCUUCCAUGGGAAGGAACACGUCCAGAACUACGUGCUGACCCUCAUGAACAUUGUAGAUGAAAUCUACCAUGACGAAUCCCUAGGAACCAACAUCAAUGUGGUCCUCGUGCGAAUCAUCAUGGUUGGCUACAGACAGUCCAUCAGUCUGAUUGAGCGUGGAAACCCAUCUCGGAGCCUGGAGCAGGUGUGCCGCUGGGCCAACACCCAGCAGCGCUUGGACCCCAACCACGCCGAGUACCAUGACCAUGCCAUCUUCCUGACCAGGCAAGAUUUUGGUCCCGCAGGUAUGCAAGGUUACGCCCCGGUGACAGGCAUGUGCCACCCCCUGAGGAGUUGCACACUCAACCACGAGGACGGCUUCUCCUCCGCGUUCGUGGUGGCCCACGAGACAGGACACGUGCUGGGGAUGGAGCAUGAUGGCCAGGGGAACCGGUGCGCCGACGAGACCAGUAUGGGCAGCAUCAUGGCGCCGCUGGUGCAGGCGGCCUUCCACCGCUACCACUGGUCACGCUGCAGCAAGCAGGAGCUCAACAGAUACCUUCACUCCUAUGACUGUUUGUUGGAUGAUCCCUUCGAGCACAAAUGGCCCAAGCUGCCCGAGCUUCCAGGGAUCAACUACUCCAUGGACGAACAGUGCCGCUUUGAUUUUGGGGUCGGGUACAAGAUGUGCACGGCAUUCCGUACUUAUGACCCAUGCAAGCAGCUGUGGUGCAGUCACCCUGACAACCAGUACUUCUGCAAGACUAAGAAGGGACCCCCUGUGGAUGGCACCGAGUGUGCCCCUGGGAAGUGGUGCUUCAAGGGCCAUUGCAUCUGGAGGUCGUCGCACGAGCCUUAUGGUCACGACGGCAGCUGGAGCUCCUGGAGCAAGUUUGGCUCGUGUUCGCGGACCUGCGGUGGAGGGGUGCGCUCACGCAACAGGCAGUGCAACAACCCACCUCCUGCAUACGGUGGCCGUGACUGCCCUGGCUCCACCUUCGACUACCAGAUAUGCAACCCAGAGGACUGCGCUGGCCCCUACGAGGACUUCCGUGCCCAGCAGUGUGUCCAGCGCAGCAACAAGUACCACAACAACGUCAAGCACACCUGGUUGCCUUACGAGCAUCCGGACGAGGCCCAUAAGUGUGAGCUGAGCUGCCGCUCUAAGGAGACGGGUGAGGUGGUGUUCAUGAACCAGGUGAUGCACGACGGCACACGCUGCAGCUACACCGAUCCCUUCAGCGUCUGUGCCCGCGGGGAGUGUUUGCAUGUGGGCUGUGAUAAAGAGGUGGGCUCCUACAAACAAGAGGACAAAUGUGGCGUGUGCAGUGGGGACAACUCGCAUUGCCGAACCGUCAAGCUCACGCUCACCAAGACCCCCAAGAAAACAGGCAUGCUGAAAAUGUUUGACAUUCCAGUGGGAGCACGUCACAUCCUUAUCGAGGAGAACGAGACCUCCCCACACAUAAUUGCUGUGAAAAAUCAGGUGACGGGCAACUUCAUCCUGAACUCCAAGGGUGAUGAAGUGAAGUCCAAGACGUUCAUUGAGGAUGGACUUGAGUGGGAGUAUUCUGUCGGCACCGGCAAGGAGUCUUUGAAAACCAUUGGGCCUCUCAAUGAAGGCAUUGUUGUGCUUGUGGUCCCUCAGGAGGAGGAGGCUAAGAUCAGCCUGACCUACACGUACAUCAUACACGAGGACCUGGUGCCUGUCAUCACCAAUAACAACGUGCUGCUGGCCGAACUGGACACGUACGAAUGGGCACUGAAGAGCUGGUCACAGUGCUCCAAACCCUGUGGAGGAGGUGUCCAGUACACUAAGUACGGCUGCAGAAGGAAGAGUGACAGCCGACUGGUGCACCGCAACUUCUGUGAGCUGGGCAAGAAACCCAAGCCCAUACGGAAACGCUGCAAUGUCCAGGAAUGCAGUCAGCCUAAGUGGGUGGUUGAGGAGUGGAGCCCCUGCAGUAAGACCUGUGGGAAGGCAGGUUACCAGUCCCGAGUGGUGACGUGCACGCAGGCCCUGCUCAACGGCACCAGUCGCAGCGUCCACACCAAGUACUGCGCCGAGGAGCGGCCCGAAGCUCGCCGCGCGUGCAACAUCUCCGCCUGCCCCGCACCCUGGAGGACCGGCGCCUGGUCACAGUGCUCGAUCACCUGUGGUGAAGGCAUUCAGCAAAGGCAGGUUGUUUGCCGUGCCAUGGACAACAGCAGUGGUCAGUGUGAGGGAGAAAAGCCAGAAACCGUCCUCAUAUGCAAACUAGCCCCUUGUCCAGGCCAAUCUUCACUUCCGUCACCCACAACUGUUGUGGUGGAGAACGGGACCUCAAGUGACUCAGAUGCUGAUGAUAACAACCCCAUCAACAAAAUCUCCAACGAACCAUGCCUGGGCGACAAAUCCAUUUUCUGCCAGAUGGAAGUACUAGCGCGUUACUGUUCCAUCCCAGGCUACAACAAACUCUGCUGUGAGUCCUGCAGUAAGAGGGUCAUGGGCCCUGCCAGCACUGGCGCCACCACCACCACCCAGACGCCCAACCUGGACACUGCCGUCCCCAACCCACGCUACAGCGUCACUGCCCCCACCCACUCCAGCGCCAUCGUUCCAACUCCAGACGCCACGACGGCCUCGACCGUCGUCAGCACCUCCACGCAAGCCCCAGUGCGAACCACCAAGACGCCCGCGAGGAGACCACGUGCCACAGUGCAAGGCCAAACCCCAUCGCCGCCACCGCCGCCGCCUCCCAGUCCGCAGGCAGCGUCCAUCUCUCCCGAGGAAAACGCUACUACGCCUCUGCCCUCAACCCCACCCCUGGAGCCCCCCACUAGUCAGAACCAAGCCCAGGCCCAGGCGCCCUCUAGCUCUGGGACCCCUCUACCUCUGGACCCCACUGGACCCCCAGUUCAGUCCACCACCACCCAUCCCAGCAGAGAGGAUGGCAACAGCACUUUAGGCGCCCAGGAGGCCAGUGAGGGGAGGAGAAGGGACAGUGUGGAAUCGGAGAGGCCCCUGACGCAAAGGACCUUGCCAAUGGAGACCUGAGCAGCUGCUUUUUUCAAUAAUAGUCGGUUUGUUUUGUUUUUUUUGUUUAUGUUUGUUUGUUUGUUUGUUUGUUCAUCGGCUCACUGUCUCUACAUGGUUCCUGGUGAACACACUCUCUCAUCUCAUCUCAUCACUCUUUACCAGUGGACAUAAACCCGGAAUGGUUACCUCAGUUCCUAUACAAACAUACAUAAACUUACACACACAAACACACACACAAACACACACACACACACACACACACACACACACACACACACACACAACCACUCACAGAUCAUAGACAUGUCAAUAUUCAAAUGCACAUAGUAAUUUACAUCAUAUGCACACACACAUGCCUGCAACCAUAGAGAAAUCACUAUGCAUCUGCACAGCAUUGACCUACCUUCUCUGCUUAAAAUAACAAAUGGAAGUAGACAAAAUAUUUGGAAAAUGGUGCUAACUCUAAAGCAACUCGUGACAUUUAAAAGAACCAAAAUGCAGUGACUGCAUCAUGACUGCUUCCAACCUUUGUUGUUGAUGUCUGCCUGCUCAACUGGUAUCUAUCCAAGUGCAUCAGAACUACUAAUUUUGCUUUGCUUUAUGAACAAACACAUUGGUGACCCUUGGCUGACUUAGUCAGGCCAUGCUUAUUGGAUGAGGGUGUCACUGCCAUUGUGCAUCUCCCUCAGGUGCUGGUGAAGUGUGACAAGCCAUCCACCCUCUUCAGUGUGAUGGUCCUCACAAAGCCCUUAGUCCUCACAAUCCCAAUGUGUGUGUAUGUGUGUGUGUGUGUGUGUAUGUAUGUGUGUGUGUGUGUGGGUGUAAGUGUGUUUGUGUGUGUGUGUGUGUGUGUGUCUGAUAAGCACACAUUAUGUUACAAAUGCAUGCACAUUGCUUUUGUGAAACUCACAUAUGCUUUAAAUGAAAACAGAAAAAAUGAAAAAAAAGAAAGAAAAAAAAUCUGAUAUUUUUUUAAACUGAUAUAUUUUUCAAGCAAAUAUUGUAUAUAGUGUAAAUUUCAAGUAGUGGAUAUGAAAUUAACAUCCAGCUGUGUAAUGUAAAGUAUAUUUACAAAUGGGGAAAUACAGAGACGCUGAGACGCUGUCUUGUGGAAUGUUGUCAAUCCCAGUGUCAUGGCAAUAACUGUGGCAUUAUUUCAUUCCUCUUCGUGCAGUUUAACCACCUAUGUGUAUUGUAUAGUUCUUGUAUAUACAUGAGAGCUUUAAGUGUUAAUAUUUAUUAUUUUUUUUAAAGGUAGGAAGAUACAUUCUAAAAAAAUGUACAUGUUGAGAACUAAACUAAAAAAUUGAGAACUAAAGAGAAGAUAUUUCAAACUCCAUACGCAAAAAAAGAGUGCAUAUGUAACUGUCUGUGAAGCCAGGGGCAUUGAAAAUGUUCUUUAAUAUGGACAGGAGUUUAAUACGGACAUGGAGUUCUCGUAAGGACCCGAGUCACACAGACCCAUAAUAAAUUGCUCUAACAUCAUUCAUCAAAUUUACAAUUACUCUUGCAAGUUAUGAUUAAAACACUUUUAAUUGUGCACAGCGGCCCUCAUUACAGGCAUACUCAGUCUAUGCAUCGACGCUCUCAUGGAGAUGGCUCAUAGUGAAACACUGGCCUGUCAAUGUCAUCUCAGCAACUUCCGCACACAGAGAGGAUUCUGCAGUAUGUGCAGUGGACCAUUACGUUGUGCUAACUGAAAGCUGCAUGCAUUAUGAAACCCUUCAAAUAAGUAUAUAUAUACUGGAAUAUAUAUAUAUAUAGUAGCUACAGUUUACUAAAGAGAGACCUUCACACGGGCACUGUGUGAAGUGUCUUUUACAGAGGGCAUUGUUGAACUGAGUUUCUGAGUUUAACUUGACAAUGAGAAUUUAGUGUGUGAGGAUUUGUUUAUGUUGACAGCUAUUAGGCUUCUUAAUGAGAUAUUGUGUCUGUUCCUCGGCGACUUGAGAACGAUCUGUUGUCAUGGUAAUUCCAUUUCACUUCAAACGUGCACUAGCAUUCUGUGAAAAAAGUUUUUUUUUUUUUUUUUUAAGUUUGUUC